AUGCGCGCCUACAUUGUGCUUUUGGCUCUCUCCGUUUUCGUGUUGACGGUCUCGGCUGAGGAUGACAACAGUGAAGCGAUAGCGAAAAGUGCCAAGAAGGCAAUGGAAUGCAUAUACAAAUUCUUCACUGAAGAUCCAUUGGGGAUUAAAAUAGUUAAAUUUGCCAAGAGCUGGAAAGAAUCAAUGUUGGAAGCCAGAAGCAAAGUCAGAGCGAGGCUGGCUGAGUAUAUCAAAACCCUUAAGAGUGAAGCUGACUAA